GUAUUUUCACAGAAAUAACUGGAUAAAUACUGUAAAUAAUUCACUAAAAUGACUGUAAUAGAUAAAACAUAAAAUAAAUUGGCAUUCAAGAAAAAUAAAAACCUCUUUUGAAGAAAUCGGAAUGACGUUGUCAUUGUAUCUUCUUAAGCAUCUGCCAUAAAAUCAGGCAAAGGAAUAAAGUUGGGUUAAGUUGUGAAUUUGUUGUGUGAAUUUCAACAAUGUUAUUGUAUCGCGAUUGGUUAUUAAUAUAAAUACAUAAUAAUUAAUACUUUGUUCUGGAAUGCUCCCAUAUUUUAUGUUUUUUUAGUUUCUGAGGUUACUUGAUCUAUGAAGUAUGGAGACUGAGGAUGAUAUGAUUGUUUUGGUUGUUGUGGACGACGAUGACGAGAAGGCGAAAAGUUCCGAAAACAAUUCGGUUUCUGAGCCUUCCAUAUCUAGCGUUGAAGUAGAUAAUAUAAUUGAGACAGCGCAGAAACAUGGCCAGUAUAUUGAACUUAAGCAAGAACCCAUAGAUGAAUACCAAUACGAUUAUCUUGAGGAAGAUUUCAAAACUGAGGUGAAACAAGAGCCAGUACACACAGAAUAUGACAACGAUGAUGAGGAUUAUGUUGCCCCAGAUGAAAGUUCACCGCACCAAAAAUAUGAUAAACAUCGGUUUUCAAUGCUCAAGCCGUGGCAACAGCGGUCAUUCGUAGCUGAGUUGAGAGAGAAUUACGAGGAAUUGCAAGAUGAUGAAGAGUUACUGGUCUAUACUUUAGGAAAGAUUAUGAAGUCGGUGAAACCACCGUCGCCACCGAAUGACUACUUUAUUAUAAAUGAGACUAUGUUUGAGUGUGUGUAUUGUGCGUAUAUGUCAGACACGGUGCCGGCAGCUGGGCGGCACUACCAGGAGAAGCAUGGCCCGCGGUAUCUCGUGUGUUAUGCUUGUGGUGUGGAUUUUAGGAGCACAACAAAUCUAUACAAGCAUGAGAAGCGUUGCAUCGCUCCGGACGCGGAGAUAGUGUUGCGAGCUCGCGCCAUCUUCCUCGGACGGAAGGGACGCAGCCGACCCUUUUUAACCAAGAACAAGUUCUACGGCAACAAGGAUGAUGCACCUCGGAAGAGUUUUCCCUGCACCCUGUGUCCAGCGGUGUUCAUAACUAAGAGUAACUUGGAGUCACACGAGAACUUGCACCGAGGAGAGAGACCGUUCCGCUGCCAUGUGUGCCCUUGUGCAUAUACUUCUUAUUCAGCUUUGUCGCGUCAUACCAAAAAACAUUCAAACGUGCAAUUCACUUGUGACCACUGCGGCAGAUCGUUCAAAAUUAAGGCAGCUUUAGUGGCUCAUAUGGAUACACAUAAGCCUUAUCGUAAACACGGCUGUGAGGAAUGCAAUCGACGCUUCGCCCAGAAAUCAGCUUUAAUGCUACAUGUCAAUAAAGUUCAUAGAAACCUUCCUCCGCCCUGUGCCUGUCAAAUAUGUCCUAAGAGGUACCCGCGCAUGUCAUUACUGAAGGCACACAUGAAGAGAGCGCAUGGCAUGACCAUCAUCACGAGGAAGAUGUUCUUCAAAACCCUACCAACGAUGUCGGAGUUAGAAGUGCAGCAAUCUAAAGUCAUACUGAAAUACGAAGAAAAUCAAAUGACUAGCUUACCUAAGACUGAACAAUAUACUGACGAAGAAAAUAACGAAGAAUUUAAUGGAGAAGAUUAUAUUAAUGACGCAGAAAAUACUGAGCAAAUAUCGAUGGAAGAAUUCUUGCAAUACGUCAGUCAGAACGGACAAGAUUCAGGUGCGAAAAUAGUGUAUAUUCAGAACGGUGAAGUUCUUGAAAAGGACAGUGAUAAUAGUGAAAAUAAUAUUAUUAUACGAGUAGAACGUUCGAAUAAUGAUGAGAGUUUAGAAAAUUCUUUUAUAGCACCUAAAAUUGAACCAGACUUAUUAGGGACUCCUUGAGUAAGUAAAUUUUUAUUAUUGAAAUAAUUUUUGGAACUUAUUUGAUAUUAUUUGUUGACAAUGCAAACGGCCGGCAUUAAGUUCUUUGCGUAAUGCAGUAUACCGUGACAUAUAGAUAAGAUUUGGUCAGAUAGGCAGGCGCUUCUUGUAACGCACUGGUACUCAGCUGAAUCCGGUGAGACUGGAAGCCGACCCCAACAUGAUUGGGAAAAGGCUCGGAGGAUGAUGCCGUAUACCGUGGCAUUAUGUUGUAUGAUGCUGGUUUACCAAAUUUUCCCUUUUUUCGUGAUAGACGCGAAUAUUAUUAAGUAACUUCCUUGGCGAUAUUUAUACCUUAAUUCCGAGAGAUACGUAAAAACUUUGAAAUUAUAUCGGGUUUAUACUCCUUGAUAAAUAAUAAGUAAGACUUUGAUGCAACCAGCCUUGGUAAUAAAGUUCAUUAUUCAAUGAUACACAACAUGUGUGUGCUAAACAGAUUGAAUUAGAGGAUUUAUAUGAAACGCAAAUAGAUACACGUACUAAGACUGAUAAGCAUAUGUUAAUUUAUUGUUGGAUAUUAUUAAAAAAAUAUAGUGUUAUGGUCAGUUGCACCAUUUAACUAUAACGAUAACCGAACCAUUUUCAGUUGUCAAAUCGGUGAUUUGACCAAUGGGCGGCAAGUACGGCUGGUUAUGGAGUUAAAUGGUGCAACUCACCCUUGGCAUUUCGUAUGAUGAUGUGUCCUAACAUUUGCAAUGCAUGUAUGAGUCCCUGGCUCGUCGCUCCUUGUAAAGCACUGGUACUCAGAUACACCCGGUUAGACUGGAAGCCGACCCCAACAUAGUUUGGGAAAAAGGCUCGGAGGAAGGAGGAAGAGUCCCUGGCUCUUUAGCUAUUUUUGAAUGCAAAAAUCCUAUGACUUUUUAUUUAAAAAAAUCGUGUCCUCUCUACACCCAAAUGGACCAUGGGAUUGUCAAUAAUGAGCUGGCCAGGCAAUAAUUAGAUUUUUACUUUUUGUUUAUAAAAAAAAACUUUUUGAGAAUUUUGAUUUUGUUGACAUUGUAUUAUAGGUAUUUCAGUGUGUAUAUAUUGUACGUCUGAGAAAUGAACUAUUUUUCUUAGGAUUAGGAAAGGACAUGAAAAUGUUAGUUGAUUGUUACAUAAAAAAUAAAAAUGCCAAAAUAUUUUUAAUACGAAAA